AGCCAAUGCGUACUUCAUCGAGUGAGGAGAUUGAGCAGUGGCGUAGCAAAAAACUAUUCUAUGAUCAAGAAGGGUUUGAGAUUCAUAAUUUGUAGUAGUUAAAAUUUCCUCUAUUCAAUAAUUGCAAGAUGAAAUAGUAAAAAUCAUAUCUAAUGCUAAUACACGUUGAUUUCCUAGAAAUACAAAGCAGAGAGGUCGAAUAAAUAAAAAUACACAAUGAGUAAAGAGUAAAAACGCGUUUAUUGCAAAAAAUGUUUCUACUGGUAUCUUUACUAUAACUGGUAAUAUUGAAAUGUUAAACUUUAAGACGAAUUCCCUACACAUGUAAGUACACGCCACGCCACUGUUUUCUGCCAACACCCCUAAUUUAAAGAUUGGACUCGUCCGAGACGAGUUUUCGUCUCUGCGCACUCCUACCACCGUGGACGAUCUGUCAUUUCGCGGACUCUAUCUUUACCAACGAGAGUAGUUGAUUUGUUUUGAUACCAACCACCGCAAUGUGAGGUUAUGUGAUAAAAAUAUAUAAUUAAAUGGCAUUCACUGUAGGAAUUAUGAAAGUAUUAGUGAAGUAACGUUUGUUUUAACCGAAAUAACACACCCUCCAGCCAUGGCACACACUUUUAGGAACAGCUACGAGAAAACAUUCAAAGUAUUAGAUAACAGCGAAGCUAAAAUGCAUCACGAGUUGAACGGGAGCACCUCCAAACCUAUCCAUGUUCAGCGCGUUGAAAGGGCGGUGCAAUUAAAUAAUUUUCUCAAAGAGGUUGACUAUCAGUUGGACGAAAAUAGUAACAGUGAUGAUUCAAUCGAUAUUUCGAACAAUUUUGAUAAUUUAUUAAGAGAGUCAGAAUCACAUUCAACCAAAGAUUAUUAUAACUUGAAACAUGUCUCGCAAAGGCGGGCUUGGUUGGCUGAGGUUUUACAAGAGAAUGCAGACAGCACCCCGGACGAUGCACAAUACAAACACAUUACGAAACUUCACACUUGGCAAAAACAGAUACGCAGUACAAAAGAUGUUGAUUUUAAGCGUUAUAUUUAUUACGGAUCCGGGUUAUUAAGCGAGAUUGAUAGGUAUCCGGAAAUAGAAAAAUCACUCCCAGUCAAGAGUGUUAAAAAACGCCACAUUAAGGAAGAAACGUCCAAAUCUCCCCUGUACCCACCCGAAAUUCUCGAAGAUAUUUCAGAUGAGCCCUGUAUAGGUCUGUCUUUAGACAACGUCAUAGAUUUUCAAAAUCUUGACGAGGACUCUAAUGUUAAUUCCGAUUUUGGGCAACCAGUUAGUCAAACCUCACAUCAAACAAACACAUCACAUAGUUCAAGUAAGAAGCGAGUAAAGAAGUUUAAAGACGAAGAAUCUCGGAAAAAGUGGGAAGACAUGAUGAAAGUCAAGCGUAAAAAAAUAUUCACAAACAUGGCCAAAAAAGAAAUCGGGAAGCAACACCGUUCUAAAAUAAACAAACACAAAGAGAUGUUGAUACAGUGUCGGCGGGUAGCCCAACAGUGUCUUAAAUACGGCAGACAGAAAGCUCUUCAAUCUGCCCGAACAGUCAAGGAACAACAGUGGCGGAUGAAACGCCUGUCACGCGAAAACAUAGCUUACUGGAAACGCUCGAGACGAUUCGACCGCGAAGUGAAAAAACGCCUGGAAAAGGAAGCAGAAGAGCAGAGGAAAAUCGACCACGAACUAAUCGAAGCCAAGCGCCAGCAACGCAAACUAAACUUCCUCAUCACACAGACCGAGCUUUACGCCCACUUCAUGUCGCGGAAGCUGGGAAAAGCGUCACCAGAGGAACAGUUACGGAUUUUGAGCCAGCUGGACGAAGAGCAGAGCUCGCGAUUGUUGAACAUCGACGACUACGACAGCGAAGUGAUGAAAGAGAAGGCGAAGCGAAACGCACAAGAGGCGUUUCAGAACGAGAAAGUCAGGACUCGGCAUUUCGACAUUGAGGCAAAAUCCUCGGUGGACGUGAACGCCAUCGACGGGGAGCAGCCCCAGCCCAGUAUUUUCCAAGGGAAGCUCAAAGGCUACCAACUGCGGGGCAUGAACUGGCUGGCGAACUUGUACGCCCAGGGCAUAAGCGGGAUCUUGGCGGAUGAAAUGGGCUUGGGCAAAACGGUGCAAAGCAUCGCGUUUCUGUGCCACAUUGCGGAGAGAUACUCGGUUUGGGGACCAUUUCUUAUUAUUUCGCCGGCGUCCACUCUGCACAACUGGCAGCAGGAAAUCGCGAAAUUCGUGCCUAACUUCAAAGUCGUCCCCUAUUGGGGAAACCCGAACGAGAGGAAAAUUUUGCGCCAGUUUUGGGAUCAAAAAGACAUCUAUACGAAAGAUGCCAGCUUUCACAUAGUCAUCACCAGUUAUCAGAUCGUUAUCACGGAUAUUAAAUAUUUUAAUAGGAUUAAGUGGCAGUAUAUGAUUCUGGAUGAAGCCCAAGCGAUCAAAAGCACAAGCAGCAUGCGGUGGAAGACACUUUUAGGUUUCAGUUGCAGAAAUCGCCUCUUGCUGAGUGGCACCCCCAUUCAGAACAGCAUGGCCGAGCUUUGGGCCUUACUGCACUUCAUUAUGCCCACACUUUUCGACUCGCACGAGGAGUUUAACGAGUGGUUCUCCAAAGAUAUCGAGAGCCACGCCGAAAAUAAAACUGGAAUUGACGAAAAGCAUCUCUCGCGCCUGCACAUGAUUCUGAAGCCGUUCAUGCUGCGCCGCAUCAAGAAAGACGUUGAAAACGAGCUUUCCGACAAAAUCGAAGUGAUGGUCUACUGUCCUCUUACGACGCGCCAGCAGCUUCUGUACAUGGCACUUAAACAAAAAAUUAAAAUUGAGGACCUGCUCCAUUACAGUGUUGGCGGUGGCGAUUCGCACACAGUCGACAAAAACUUCACGUCCAACUUGAUGAAUCUAGUUAUGCAAUUUAGAAAGGUGUGUAACCAUCCGGAAUUAUUUGAAAGAAGAGAUGCCAAGUCGCCGAUUCAUAUAGCACCUUGCGUGUUCCGAAUCCCGUAUUUAAUUUAUGAUUUUAAUGUCACCGCUGUGCUCAUGCUUACAUUGCAAAAAUAUUUCGUAUUCACGCCUGGAUACAUCGCGGAAGCGGUCAAGAAUGAUUUUAAUACGCUUUUUAGAGUUCAUAGUUUUUUAAAUCUGUCGUUCUAUGAGUUGUAUAUGAUUUUACAAGGGGAUGUGAGAACGAGGUGGACGCACUUUUUCCGUAGUGAAAAUGAGGACGAAAUUUUAUAUCAUCGCUACUUCUGGAAUGAGGGUUCAACCAAACCUUCAAUGCGUAUUAGUUAUAAGUUUAAACUCACUAACGCUAAUAUAAGAACAAGUAGUAUUUUACCCGAGUUAAUUUUUACGAGGAAAAAUUCAGGAAGUCGUGUUUUUUACACACACACUGAUCAGUAUUAUUACCCCAUGCCGGAAACAGUCGAACAUAGGAAUAUUAGGUGUAAGAACGCGCUCAAUAAUGAGGAAGAUGCCAUUAUUGACGUAGUGGCGGACGAGUCUCCUCUCACCGAGGAAGUUAAAUCGGAAGGUGGUGAAGCUGGCACCUACAGAGACGAAACACCUCGCAUACAAAAACAUGCGCUAACUGACUUGCCUUCAUUUUUAUUCUGCACGAUGCCCAAGGUGACAACCAUCUUCCCUAAUCUAUAUUGUUAUUCACGACGAGUCGCUUGGCUAAUCCGACGUCACAAUUACGAGUUUAGUUACAAUUCUCUUAAUCACUAUUGGUCGGAAGCCACCGGCCACAGGAAUCGCAAACCGGCGGAAACUUUAUACCCUCAACCAACCAAUGCUAUUGACGUUCUCAGGCCUUUAAAAGGCUGGUCCUACAUUGCAAUCCCAGAUAAGGAAACGCUAGUGACUGAUUCGGGAAAACUCUCGGUGCUUGACGGCCUCCUCAAGCGCCUGAAGGAGGAAGGCCACCGAGUGUUGAUUUACUCCCAAAUGACGAAAAUGAUCGACUUGCUGGAAGAAUAUAUGUGGCACCGGCACCAUAAAUACAUGCGUCUUGACGGUUCUUCAAAAAUAUCAGAGAGACGUGAUAUGGUUGCAGAUUUCCAGGCCAGGACCGAUAUAUUUGUUUUCCUGCUCUCCACACGGGCCGGCGGUUUGGGAAUUAACCUGACGGCUGCUGAUACCGUGAUAUUUUACGAUAGCGAUUGGAACCCAACGGUUGACCAACAAGCCAUGGACCGAGCUCACCGUCUCGGGCAAACUAAACAAGUCACUGUGUAUAGACUUAUUUGCAAAGGGUCAAUCGAAGAGCGAAUCCUUCAAAGGGCUAGAGAGAAAAGCGAAAUCCAAAAAUUAGUCAUUAGUGGAGGCAAUUUCAAGCCCGACACUCUAAAACCAAAAGAAGUCGUUUCUUUACUCUUGGAUGACGCUGAAUUGAUUCAUAGAUCGGAAAAGUUGAGAGUUGACUUUAACAAAACGAAAGACGAAGACAAGGAGCUGGAAAAGAAGAGAAAACAUAUGCUUGCUUUUAAGACGAUUCCUGCCGUCCCCGAGCUGAAAAAAACCAAGUCGGACAGCAGCCAAGAGACGUACAUAGAAGACUGGAGCAGCACUCUGGACAGUGGUCCAAGCAGCCCCCACAGUGCGAAUUCUCCGGACGUUUUAACAGACGAUAUGGCGGAGAGCGGCUACGGCGAGGAGGACUCUCCAAUUACUAACAAAUACACUGUUUAUAACGUGUAUGGUUCAACGGUAAAGCCGCGGAUUCCGGGACGAGGAGGAUCGAGACGGGGACGACCUCGCGGUUCGCGAAGGAUGUCAAGCCUGGGCCGAACAAACAGCAGCAUUUCAUCCACGAGCACCAACGGUGAAAAUGAGUAUUCAACGAACAGCCAAUCAACUUUGGCUUCGCCAACUUCGAACAAUUACCUAAACGUCCCUCUUGGAGCGAGUGGAAGUCAGUCGCCAAACCUUGCGAUACGGCGCGGCCCCGGGCGUCCGAGGCUCAAGCCAACAGGACCGCCAAACACAGGAUCAAGAGGGACGUACAGACCGAGGAAACCUGCGAGACCUUUGCCAGUCCCACUGCCAUCUGACGGUUCAAAUGUCAGUUGUUCGACUUCUGGAGCCAGUGCGACACCUUCUUAUUCUACCUACCUUUACGACCUUCCGGAUCAAGAUUCAUAGUCGUAUAUUUUUAUCAGACGUCGUCUUUUUAACAGAAUAGCUGCUAUAGUAAUUUUAUGACAUAUUUAAUUUUAAAUAAAAUCUGGAUGAAGUGAUCUAUUUAUGAUGUUAAUUUAAUAAAAACUUCACAAAUGA